AGUUGUUGACCGGAAGUAGACUUCGAGCCACACUUUUCUAUCAGCUCCGUGGCAUUUUGCAGCCCAGGCUGUCUGCUGCUGCUGGCUUUGCACUCAACUCACGGCCGUAAGCACCGGCAGGAAUGGAGGAAGACGGAAUUAUGUAAUCAGCGCAUGGAUUUACCCCAAACAAAUGUAUGAGGACAGUUAUAGGAGCCAAGACACAAGACCGCCACAGCAUAAUGACACAAAGGCCCUUCCAGACCUCUGAGAUGAUGUGCAGAAGCACAUUGUGAGUAAUGUGAUCGGAGGGGUAAGGGAAUGCAGACUUGCCAGCUAUAGCUUGUAUGCAAGCGUGAUGCCCAGGCGGGGGUUGACGCUCCAGGGCCGGGUCCGCUGGCUCUUCCUGGGCCUCUUCCUGCUGCUGGUGCUGCUGCUAUUCGCAUACCUGCUGGAGUGCACCCCUCCAGCAGACGUCAGCCUGGCGCUGCCCGGUAUAGCAGGGGAGACCUACGGGAAGGAGUACUACCAGGCCCUGCUGCAGGAACAGGAAGAGCGCCACCUGAACCGGGCCACCAGUCUCAAGCGCCAGAUUGCCCAGCUCAAGCAGGAGCUGCAGGAAAUGGGCGAGAAGCUCAAGCUCCUGCAGGAGAAGAAGGAGCUCCCUGGGGUGCAGGGCCUGGCAGAGACAAAAGACCAAGAGCCGGGAGACCUGCUGGAGUACCUGCACUCUCAGAUCGACAAGGCUGAGGUUAACACCGGGGCCCGCCUCCCCAGCGAGUACGCCCUGGUGCCCUUUGAGAGUUUCACUUCGUCCAAGGUGUACCAGCUGGAGAUGGGGCUGACGCGGCACCCAGAGGAGAAACCCGUCCGCAAAGACCGCCGGGACGAGCUGGUGGAGGUCAUGGAGGCUGCGCUGGACAUUAUCAACAACCCCGAUGAGGAGGAUGGUGUCGAGGAAGACAUGCCGAUGCAGAGACAAACCUACACAGAGGGUCACUUUACUGAAGGACUGUACAGGACCGAGCGAGACAAAGGGACUCUUUACGAGCUCUUCUUUGCUAAAGAGGAUUCCAGCAGCUUCCGACAUGUCACGCUCUUCAGGCCCUUUGGCCCCUUAAUGAAAGUCAGGAGCACAUCUGUAGAAACAUCAGCAAUGAUUAUCAACAUCAUUGUACCGCUGGCAGGCAGAGUAGAAACUUUCUCACAGUUCUUGCACAACUUCAGGGAGGUGUGCAUUCAGCACGACAGACGAGUACAUCUCACAGUGGUUUAUUUUGGUCCGGAAGGCCUGCAGGAGGUGAAGUCGUCUUUGGAAAAAAUGUCGAGGGAGGAGAGCUUCUCCAAUCACACUCUGAUCCCCGUGGACGAGGAGUUUUCGCGGGGUCGUGGUCUGGACAUCGGCGCCCGCGCCUGGAAGAAAGGCGACGUCUUAAUGUUUUUUUGUGACGUUGACAUCCAUUUUACACUCGAGUUCCUGAACACGUGUCGCCUCCACGCUGCCCCAAAUAAGAAAGUUUUCUAUCCAGUGGUGUUCAGUCUCUACAAUCCUGCCAUAGUCUAUGGGAAUUUGGAGCUGGCUCCACCCACUGAACUCCAACUGAUUCACAAAAAAGAUGCUGGGUUCUGGAGGGAUUUCGGCUUCGGAAUGACGUGCCAGUAUCGCUCGGAUUUCCUAAAUAUCGGUGGGUUCGAUCUCGAAGUCAAAGGCUGGGGUGUGGAGGACGUGCACUUGUACAGGAAGUAUCUCCGGAGCGAGCUGAUCGUGAUGCGGACGCCGGUCUCCGGCCUCUUCCACCUGUGGCACGAGAAGCAGUGUGCGGACGAGCUGACCCCGGAGCAGUACCGCAUGUGCAUCCAGUCCAAAGCCAUGAACGAGGCCUCCCACUCGCACCUGGGCAUGCUCGUCUUCCGGGACGAGAUCGAGGCUCACUUACGCAAGCAGGCCUUCAAGACUCAGACCAAGACCGAGGACUGACCCCCCUCCUCCCCCCAGUCCGAUGUUAAGACUUUGAGGUGCUGACAACCAUCGCACUACAGCACAGACAUGUUUACAUGGAUCCGUCUGCAUUUCACCGCACAGCUGUAGACUAAAUGAAUGUACAGAGAUGAUGAACAUUUCUCAAUGUGAAACCUAACAUGGUGCAACAGCUUACUCAAACAACUGGCUAAUAUUUAACUUGCUGGAUGAGAACUAACAAGUAUUAUAUAUCCCAUGGAUUUAGGUGGCCAUUGUGUUUCAUGCCGGUUUUCUAACUUGGAAACCACAACUUCUCAUUAAUCCGUCCUGCCUGCUUCCACCUGACUUGGAACCAGUUUCUUCACCAUCAUUACCAUCAUAAUAACCCACCCCACCCCCCACAAGAUCAAAUACAACCAGCUGUUGAUGUGAAGAGUGGCUUUUUAACGGAGAGCCAUUACAAAAGUGUAAUAAGUCCAACUAUAGAACUAUUUAUUUACUGUUGACAAAAGGAAAAAUAAGAAGUUGCACUUUGUUUCAAUGGAGGUUUAAAAAAAAAAGGCAAGUUGACCCCAAAAGAACCAGAACAUUUCUGAUCCGUCCAAGUUUAACUUGCCGUUGCAGUAUAUUGGCGGUUGUGUAUGAAGUCGUUCUGUUAAUAUAUUUAUAGGUUGUUUCAGACUGGCAAUGUGGUUUUUAAAAAAAAGGGAAGUGUUUUGAGAGUCACUAUCUUCCUUUGAAGACGGCUCCUAAGUGACCAGUUUAUUAAUAGAGGAGCAUGAUUUAAUAAUGUUACUAAAGAGCAAAGCUUAUAGCAUGCAGCGCUAUGAUAUCAGGUCUUUGUGGACCAGUAUUAGUCUAAAUAACAUUAACAAGAUGUCCUUUAUGCUCAGUGAGUGGCUCACAGCGUUAUGAUUCCUAAUACUGGACUGGAGUUUGAAUGUUACUCUUGUAAAUACCUUUUCUAAUAUUUGUGUUUCAUACUGUGCUUUAAAGUGACACGAAAUGCUUUUGAAUUUUGAGUCCAUCUCAUAAUGAGAGGAUGUUGUUAGAGGCGGGAUGUCGAAUCCCAUCGUAGAGCAGGCAAGAAGUGCUUUAUUUUUUCUCAGUGAAAGCAGGUUAUUCAUGCAUCUCAUCCUGUAUUCUUUUUAAUUCAUGUUUUGCUAAUAUUACAGCAUUUUUGUAGAUAUACAUUUUUCCUCACGCUGCAGGGGAAUUGUUCCAUGUCUUCCUCUCGGCAGUACACGACAAUUCAAAACAGAACGAGGAAGAAUGUAAGGAAAUGAUUUAUUUAGAAAUGUUGGCCAUUAAAUAAAACUUCCAGAAGGCUGCAUUAACCGCUAUAAUAAGUCAUCGUCAUUUCUGCUGUUGGCAUUUGCUUUGAUUAUCCAUAAUCAGUGCUAUAAUUUAUACUAUAAAAUGUAAUAUCAAACACGCACUUGUGUCCUUG